CUGGAAGCUGAAGCGGCAUCUCACGGUGCACACAGGUAACAAGCCGUUCUUUUGCAAAAUUUGCCAAAGAGCGUUUACAGAGAAGAAUAAGCUGGAAAAUCAUUUUAGAUCAAGUCAUCCGGAGGAUAUGACUUUGCUGGAAGAAGAGCUUUCACAAGUUGAAGUCACAAUGGUAGAGCCAGAAUCAGCUUUUAGCAUUGUGGCAAGGUCAGUUGAUGAAAGAAUUGUUGUCAAGCAAGAAUCUGAAAAGGGUGAUGCUAAUGAUGAAGUAUCGACAGACCUUCAGCUCGUCAAUGAAGCAGAUAACAACGAGAGUGAAACCUUCCCUUCCAGUUUUGCAGUAACCGGUGAAACUCAGACUGAAAACGAGACCAGCCAGUCUCGUAUCAAGGAACUAGUGUUUGAUUCCAAAAAGCCUUUGAAAUACACUUGUCAGGUUUGUGGAAAGAGUUUCAUCACACCUUCAAAGUUAAAGAGGCACAGCUUUUCACACGGAGAGCAAAAGCCGUACAAAUGUAAAAAAUGUGGAAAACGAUUUUCAGAGAACAACAAGCUGUUCAAUCACCUGAUUACUCACGAGAGAUUUAAGGGAAGCAAGUUAAUCACAAAGAUCCGGCUUAAGGAAGAGGGGGAUCCAAGGGAAGAUUCUGGUAGAUCUAUGGCACACAUUCAGACAUCGAGCUCGGUGAUCGUUGUCAGGGGGACUGAGUCUGCUGAAAAUUCAGAAGAGUUUGAUAUCAGCAACAGCAGCAGGACAGAUCACAGAGACUACCCAUCUGAAGUUGAUAUUCAGAGGAAAGAAGUGGGAAAUCUAAGAGCUGAGUCUCACAUCAAAGGCGUGGCUGCCAGCGAGUACUCUGAGCCAUCUCCAGAUAUGCCUGUGAUUUUACCAGCCCGAGAAAUAAUCAAGAGCAACUCAGAACAACUGAAGAUGUUAGUGGAAAAUGCUCUGGGCAGUUCAACCAAGGGCAUUUUAGAUAGUCCCAAAAAAACCGGUGAAGAUAUUGCAUCAACAAAUAUGGUAACAGUGGAAGCCGGCAAAGGUCAAAUGGCUGAAACGCUAAAACCAGCUCGCCAGUUAAAAAAAGUCACUGGCCUAGCCUCACCAAGCUUCGGCACUCAAACAGCUAAUGUCCUGUCCGCUAAAAUGACAGAAAUGUCUGAAAAUCAAACGCAUUCAGAUCAGUUGGAAUCCUCGAGAACAGCCAGUCAACUUUAUUCUUGUGACACCUGCCACGAAUCUUUCCUUUCAUAUUUUAGUCUCAAGCAGCACAUUACAGUAAACCAUCCUGAACAAAUGUUCCAGCAAGAGAAACCAUCAGACGAAAUGCGACAUCGGUGCACAGAGUGCCAUAAAGGGUUUAAAACGCCUUCUAAGCUGAAAAGGCAUUUGCUGUCACACACCGGAGAGACACCAUAUCACUGCCACUUGUGUCCAAGGCAAUUCAAAAGAAAUGAUUCAUUACGCAAACACAUGGAGGAGCAUAAUCGCACAACUGAUUCAAGCAAAAAGACGCCUGGGCAUAUCAAACUCUAAAGAUUAUGGUUUUAAGCAUUUACUGAUUGCAAACAGUUAUGUUUUCAGACUUGAAGUUUUGUAUAUAUUUUUACAUUUUAUAUUAGAUUUAAUUCUAAGUAACUAUUGAUGCAAGUGAACCUGAUUUUUAAAGAUGCUACAAUUUUCAUUUCGGCAAUUUCUUGUGAACAAAGAGGUUGUGAUUGCAUAAAAUAAAUCCGUGAUUUUGUGACAUGGGCUGCUAGAUGCGGAUAAACGCAAUAAGCUGAUUCAACGAAGUAUAUGAUGUGGUAAUUACCUUAAAGCGAUAUGAACCUAAGGUGGUAAGGAACCUAAGGUGGUAAGAAACCUACGGUGCUGUAAUGAAACUAAGAUGGUAAGGAACCUAUGGUGUUGUAAUGAAUUUAAGGUGAUAAUGAACCUAAGGUGGUGAUGAUUUCUGUUUUUAUUUUUACAUUUUCUAUUGAAAUGGAUUAGAACUGAAAAAAGAUGAUGUAGAAUGAUUUGCCUACCUUUCUUAACCUUUAUCCGUCGACAUAUCUAUGUAUCAUAGAUCUCUCAUUCAAAGUUGUGAAGGACUAUGCAUCCUGAGUUACAUAAAGUGAAAAUCCCUUAUUGGCCUCCUUAUAAGCCUUUUUGUUUUUGGUAUUCAGGUACUUAUUGUAGUAACCCCGUUUCGUCUGUAGCACACUAGAGUGUGUCAUUUAUUUUAACCAGGUCAAUGAUCAUCCGUGUUUUGUUCCUAUUUAUUAUUUCUUCGGAUUCAGUGAAAGGCUUCUGACUUUGACUUAAAGGCUUUUGCGCAACCAGCAUGCAUUGCAGUUAUAUUUUCAAUACCGGCAAAAUAUCAUACUGCAUGAAAAUACAAAGCACAACCAAUUUCUCAAGAGAGCUGUCGCUAAUCAUGUCGGUUGCGCAAGAGACUUUAAGUUCCAAAAAGUUGCUUGCUGUAAAGCGCGUUUUCAAUAGAUUUUCUAUCGAUAAUUAGGCUGUCGAAAUAAUUGCGAAGUCUUUAUGCACAUUCAUCAUUUUAUAAUCACUUUAUAUUAAUUUGAAGCAAAGUACAUUUACUCACAUCCCUGUGGUGUGCUGCUAGAGCCAAAAUAGUUAAUUUCUUACCUGAUUAUAAGAUCCUGUGCAAUAAUCUCUUAGCUUAGCUGUUCGUUUUAGUUCUAACCCUUUAAAGUAGGAAUCGUAUUUAGUUGCAUUAGAUAUAUAAAGUUUAUGAUGCCAAUUUUUUAUCACCUUAUAAUCAGAAAUAAUUACGUGUUUAAUCUACAAUACUAAAAGCUAUUCACAA